UGCGCUAUACUCGAUGGUCCAAGAGAGGAUUUCAUCGGCGAAUGAGCUUUAGGCCAAGUCAGUACACAAGUUACAAACACAUAUCACAAAAAAAUAAAAAAUUCUAUAAUCAUUCAAGUAAAGACCAAAAUGUAAUGUCUUUUUCUCACGGCUGUUUCUGUUGGUAUUUUCUCACAGUUGUCUGUAGUUGUGGUGACUAUUCUGUCUAGCUUGCUAUUUCAGCCUCAACAGAACAAACACAGACUCCAGGUAACAGUAACAAUGGAAAGGAAACAAGGCUUGUUUUCGUCGCUGAAAGAUGAUUUAAUCAAAGGGUUGUCACCGGCGAGUAGUACUUCUCCGAUGUCAAGUUUGCUCAGGCGGAGGAAGAAAGAGUAUGUUCCUCCACUUGACCUGUUCAUUGGAGGAGCAUGUCCAUCUACUCCGGCGAGGCCACCGUUGGAAGCAAUGUCGCCGUUGAAGGAAGGUCCUGAAGAUACAGAAUGUAGCAUCGGUACUUCUUCAUCUUCCGAUCUCAGACUGCUGCUUGGUGUUUUGGGUGCACCUCUUGCUCCUCUUCAUGUCAGCACCACUGAACCCUUUCCUCAUCUUGCUAUCAAAGACAUUCCCAUUGAAACAUCUUCUGCUCAAUACAUAUUGCAGCAGUACAUAGCUGCUUCUGGAGGGUUGAAGCUUCAGGAUUCUGUUUACAAUGCUUAUGCAAUGGGAAAGGUGAGGAUGAUUGCUUCCGAGUUUGAGACGGCUAACAAGCUCGUGCGAACUCGGAACCCCUCUAAAGCUGCACAAUCUGGUGGGUUUGUCUUGUGGCAAAUGAAGCCAGACAUGUGGUAUGUGGAGCUUUCUCUUGGUGGAAGCAAGGUUCAUGCAGGUUGCAAUGGAAAACUUGUGUGGCGUCACACACCUUGGCUUGGUCCACAUGCAGCCAAAGGACCAGCCAGACCUUUGAGACGUGCUCUUCAGGGACUUGAUCCGAGAACAACUGCAACCAUGUUUAUCAAUGCAAGAUGUAUUGGAGAGAAGAAGAUUAAUGGAGAAGACUGUUUCAUUCUCAAAAUAUGUUCAGAUCCCGCCACAUUAAAAGCCAGAAGUGAAGGUUCUGCAGAGAUCAUCAGACAUGUUUUGCUUGGCCACUUUAGUCAGAAAACAGGACUUCUUAUUCACUUGGAAGACUCCCAUUUGACUCGUAUCCAGAACAAUGGAGGUGAUGCUGUUUAUUGGGAGACCACAAUCAAUUCAUUUCUUGAUGAUUAUAGGUCUAUUGAAGGGAUUAUGAUUGCUCAUUCGGGUCGUUCACAAGUGACACUUUUCAAGUUUGGAGAAACAGCCAUGAGCCACACUAAAACAAGGAUGGAAGAAGCGUGGAUAAUUGAAGAAGUGGCGUUCAAUAUCCCUGGCCUUUCUGUGGACUGUUUCAUUCCACCAGCUGAGCUAAGGUUUGCUUCUGUGACUGAAGCCUGUGAAUUUCCUCUUGGUCAGAAAAUGAUGAGUGAUGUUGCAGUAGCUGCAGAACAUGCCAAAGUUCCUCAAGGACCUCAACGAUACAAAAACCACAUGCAGGCAAUGUGAAUAACUAUGUAGCACCGACACUUAGGUUGAACAUGUGUCCAGUGUCCAACACCGAUAUGACACUGGCACAUGUAGUUAUGUUCAAAUAUUUCAGUUUCUCAUGUUAUUACAUGGGUGAACGUGUUUAUGUGUUUGUGUUGUGUGUGAUGUCCGUGAAUGUUUAGCAAAAGGGAAAUUUUUAAUUAGCCCGGCUGUCUAAUUUUAACACGUUUACCGAACGUCAACUUGCUGGAGGUGAAUGUUGCAGCAUGGUUGUCUAGUGUACUUUUCUGCUGCAGGUCAUUGCCUCAUCAAAUUUGUUAAUAGGGACAAUCAUCAUCCUAUCCCCAAAAGCGAAUUGAAACAUUCUCUUGUGGUUUUUUUUUUGGCGGAUGAUUUUGCAAUGCAAGGUUUAUUUUUCCCA